AAUCACUAUCGCACGAUGGACGGUGGAGAUGCAGUGGUUCCCGAAUUCCGCACUACACUACUUGAUAAUUGACGGGAGAGAAGCAUCGAGAACUCUGAAAAACAGAUGAGAAUCAUCCGCCAACGGCGACGACUCACUGCUGCCGCUGCUGGUGGAGUCGUUCCACUCCUUAGCCCUCCCUCCAAUCCGAACCCUACUCCAAGAUCUCUCUCCUUCCUCGCUCGAACCCUAAUCACACACUUCACCGCUUGCCUAUCCCCAUCGCUUCUCUUCUCUUCCUCCAGAAUGGCCGACGCCGCCGGCGCUACGGUUUCCUCGCUAUCUACUGUUGGCCCCGAUGAUCCCGCUCCACUCGUUUCGUUCGCGUUGUCUCCCUCCUCUGCUCUCAAAAUCCAGAAAGGAGACAUCACCAAGUGGUUCGUCGACGGCUCUUCUGAUGCUAUCGUUAAUCCAGCAAAUGAGCGAAUGCUUGGAGGUGGUGGUGCAGAUGGGGCCAUACAUAGAGCUGCUGGUCCAGAACUUUAUGCUGCUUGCUACAAUGUCCCGGAAGUGCAACCUGGAAUUCGCCGCCCUACCGGAGAAGCAAGGAUUACCCCUGGUUUUAAAUUGCCUGCAUCCCAUGUAAUUCAUACGGUUGGGCCCAUUUAUGACAUGGACAGUAACCCUGAAGCUUCUCUGAAAAAUGCAUACAGGAACAGCUUCAGGGUGGCUAAAGAGAAUAAUAUUCAAUACAUUGCUUUUCCUGCCAUCUCUUGUGGUCAUCAUCGGUAUCCUUUUGAUGAAGCUGCCAGGGUAGCCUUAUCUUCAGUUACUGCGUUUGCAAAUGAGUUCAAAGAGGUGCAUUUUGUUUUGUUUUUGGAUGAGAUUUACAAUGCUUGGGUGGAAAAAGCAAAGGAGAUACUGAAGAAUUGAAGAUGCAGAAUGCACAGGAUACUCCAAUCUCAUGUUAAUCUAUUAUUGCCAGCUUCAACCAUUGGUCGCAAUUUGAGGCUUAAAUCAAGUGUUUUUUUUCUUAGUUACAUUUCAUGCACAUUAAUAUCAAUGGAGAUGAAAACCAUCACAUCCUUACUCAGCUAUUCCAACAUCUAAUGGAAUACUUUGUUCAAAAAAUUUUGGAAACCUUAGCACUAAUGCGUUAGCAAACGCAGGGAACUUCAAAAGAGUUGUCUUGGAAAGAAAUGUUACUGUGCUACCGAUUUUAUCUGUUGAAUGAAACCAAUCUGCAACAUAACAUUUCAAGCCAUUUGAUGUCGGCU